AUUUGCUAACGCUAUCUCUUAAAUUGGACUGUAUUCCUGAAGAUAAGGGUUAGAACAACAACGCACUUCCUACCGACACAAGUUAUUUGCAGAGCGUGUCUUCGCCUUGCCAGGAAACUACUAAAGUUCCUGUGGGAUCAAGUAGAAUUUUAUAAGAACAUAAUGGAUGGAGAGGAGAAAUCCUAUGGUGGCUGUGAAGGCCCUGACGCCAUGUAUGUCAAAUUAAUAUCUUCUGAUGGGCAUGAAUUUAUUGUAAAAAGAGAACAUGCGUUAACAUCAGGAACAAUAAAGGCCAUGUUGAGUGGACCAGGGCAGUUUGCUGAGAAUGAAACCAAUGAGGUCAAUUUCAGAGAGAUCCCUUCGCACGUGCUAUCGAAAGUAUGCAUGUAUUUUACCUACAAGGUCCGCUACACUAACAGCUCCACCGAGAUUCCUGAAUUCCCGAUUGCACCUGAAAUUGCACUGGAGCUGCUGAUGGCUGCAAACUUCCUAGAUUGUUAAAUAGAAUAAAUUAUAAUAAACUGUUCAUUUUUUCAGUAUUUAAUACCUGUAGUUCAGUUAGUCAUUUUUCCACAUAUAGCAUGUUGCCUGUAUGAAAUUGAACUCUAAAGUUAAUUGCUGAGCAGAUUCCUACUGUCAUUUGCAUAGCAGAGUUGAAAUUUGUUUGCUACAUCAACAAAUUAAGGACGUUCACAAACCAAGAAAUAAACAAAUAAUGCCAGUUUGUAGGUGGUUUGCUUUCUCCUUUGGAUGUGACCUUUAAAAUUAUAAGUAAUAUAGCAAAUUAUCCUGGAAUGUAAGCAUAAAUGAGCAUAUUCUACAGGUAAAUACAGGGGCUAAGUAUUUUUAUGUUUUUAGUGUUUUUUUAAGAACCAGUUCUGAUCUUACAGCCACUGAGCAUUACUAGAGUUAUGCAAAUAAUUACAUGAAAAAACAUGUUUAUAACUUAGCCAAACCUUGAUUUUUGUAACUCAGAAUAAGAGUUGAAAUUUCUUAUGUGUUUUUUGAUAAACUGCAAUAUUGUUUAAUUGCAUCUUGUGUUUUGUUUAUUGCUACAAUUUAAGAACAUUAUUUAAAAGCAAUUUUGGAAGAUUAUCAGGUACAACUUUUGGAAUAGAAACUGUUUGAACUGUAGCCAUCUAGUCAAGUAAAUGAUAAUUUACGAGUCCCUGUGCAUUGUGCGUUUUGAACAGUCUAAAGCAUGAUUUCCGCUGGCUCCCUUGCAUUCUCAUUCUUCGUGGUCUCUUGGGAUUACACUUGUAUGUGUUGAAAUGUGUCCUGCAACACUUCAUGAACUGAUCUAAACUUAGAAUCUAGGUAUUCUGAGCUCUUCCAGUCUUCCUGCAUUAUUGGAAUGCUGUACAAUAGAAAUGAGGGAGGUGGUGGGAACCCUGUAGUGCAUUAGCUAGCCCCCCUCCACUAGCGUAUGUUCCAUUGAUUAUAGUAAAGCUGUAGGUCUUCUGAAGUCACCUCGUGAUGCAGUCAUUCAGCCUUUUUCUGAGCCGACGAAACACCCGGAAACGCCAAGGAGUCACUGAAGUGAGUGUGAUGGACAAGCCGUCACUGAGGUUUGUCAUUGCAAGCCUUCACUUUCUUCCUAGGACUGCUUUAUUACCGGUCAGUUUUCCUGGAAGCUUCGGAAAUCAUAAAAGCAACCUUUGCUCUUAAAAACCUGCACAUUGUGCUGUCUAGCAUAUUGACAAUAGGUUACAUGUAAAUUGGUUAUUUUUAGUAAUGUUUCAAGGCAUACUGGCACAUAGUUACAGAUGUAAGGAAAGCACAGGGUUGUGUUCUGGGCUGGGGGUAUUUAGAACUCAGUGGUAGUGCUACCAUGACAAGGCUCUCCAAUCAAUCUCUAGCUAACAUGGAUUUGCUCUUUGUAUCAAAUAGGUGCAAUCAAAGGCCAAAAGAUGGAUUUCAGGGGGCAAUAGCUAGAAAUACAAUUUAGCCUGGGCCAGUAUUUGUGGGUUACUCUGUGUGUUAGGUCCAGAAGUAACCUUAACUUCAGGGCAUCAGAAUUGCAACACACUAGGCCAAUUUGUAUAUGGUGCAGCAAAUGGUACUUUGUGUUAAUAAAGGCUGUGUUGACUGAAAAGGUA